GCGGGAUUGCCCCCAAAAGGCGCCAAGUCUCCGCGCUUCGGAACACCUUGGCGUUCCGCUGGGGCGAGACCGCCGCUGAUCCAAUCACAGUCCUUGUAGCCGGAACCGACUCUCGGCUGGGCUCACGUGGGCGACGUUACUGGUCGUCUGCGUCAUAAUCCAAGAGGCGAGACGUCGCCGACUUCGCGCCCAAGGUUUGUGCCAAGAGGCCUGGACCGAGCAGCUGUGAUUGGUGCUUGGCUGGCUCGGCAUCGUGUUGGCCUCUGGAUAUAGAACACGCCAAGAGAUAUUCACCAUCGCGGGAAAGUCUAUAAAGGGGAGGGGUUAUCCCGGAUCCAGUUGGAGGUCCAACCGAAUCUAGAUCUUGCGUGCUCGAGUGUAUGGACUCUCAUUCUAUAGAGGAUACAAUCUACAUGGCACCGCCGUGACUUGAUACCCGAUAGACCAAUAUCACUCAAAGAACUACAUACUACACCAUGGACCCUGAGAAACAAGCUCAGCCGUCCUCUCAGACUCUGCUCUCCGCCCCCGCCCAUACCCUCUCCGACACCACUGUCCUGCACGAGCUCGCCGUCAACCCGGAAGACGGUCUCAGCAGUCAGGAAGCCCAAACGCGACUACAGAAAUGGGGGACUAACGAGCUCGAGGGGGAUGAGGGCAUCUCCCUCGCAAAGAUAGUCAUCCGCCAGAUCGCCAACGCCAUGAUGCUGGUCCUCAUCAUCGCCAUGGCCGUCAGCUUCGGCAUCCAGUCUUGGAUCGAAGGCGGGGUGAUCGGAGCCGUGAUCGGCCUGAACAUCGUUGUGGGUGUGUACCAAGACUACGCCGCUGAAAAGACCAUGGAUUCGUUACGGGGACUCAGUUCGCCGACCGGAGUCGUCACCCGCGAUGGUAAGACGGGCACCAUCCCGGCCAUCGAGAUCGUCGUGGGUGAUAUGGUAGACUUGAAAGUGGGAGACACCGUUCCGGCUGAUUUACGACUAGUCGAAACCAUGAAUUUUGAAACCGAUGAAGCCCUCCUCACGGGCGAAUCCCUUCCCGUAACCAAAUCCUCCUCCGCCACCUUCCCCGCGGACACUGGCCCCGGCGACCGUCUCAAUAUUGCGUACAGCUCCUCCACCGUCACCCGGGGUCGGGCGCGCGGCGUGGUGAUUGGCACUGGCAUGGGGACGGAAAUCGGGGCCAUCGCGGCCGCUCUUCGUGCGAAAGACCACCGGCGUCGUCGGCCCGUACGACGCGGACCCGGCGGCGAGACUAAGAAGCGGUGGUAUGUGGCGGCGUGGACGUUGACCUGCACGGAUGCCGUCGGCCGGUUCCUUGGGAUCAACGUGGGGACACCGCUGCAACGGAAGCUGAGCAAGUUGGCGUUGCUGCUGUUUGGGAUCGCGGUGGUGUUUGCCGUGGUGGUCAUGGCCGCCAAUGGGAUGCACGAUGAUAAGGAAGUCAUUAUCUAUGCGGUGGCCACCGGGCUGGCUAUGAUCCCGGCUUGCCUGGUGGUCGUGUUGACAGUGACCAUGGCCGUGGGGACCAAGCAGAUGGUGCACAGGAACGUGAUUGUCCGGAAGUUGGAUUCCUUGGAAGCCCUGGGCGCUGUCACGAACAUCUGCUCGGAUAAGACAGGCACUCUGACGCAGGGACGCAUGGUGGCCAAGAAGGCCUGGGUGCCUGGGCUGGGCACGGUGUCCGUGGGCGUGUCCAAGGACCCAUUGGAUCCGAAUGAAGGUGAGGUGAGGGUUCGCGAUGCCAUGCCCGGUGAGGGCGACGAGGGGGAGGCGAUGGCCCCUCAGGACAUGGUGGCCGACAAUGCCCUGCUGCAGCGGUAUCUGGAUGUCGCGGCCAUGGCCAAUCUGGCGCAUGUCCAUCGGUCCGAAGAGAACGGCCGGUGGCAGGCGCGCGGCGAGCCCACCGACAUCGCCAUUCAAGUCUUUGCGGCGCGCUUCGACUGGGGCCGGGACCGGUGGACCAAGGGUGAGAAGCCUGCCUGGACCCAGCAGGCCGAGUAUCCGUUCGACUCGACGAUCAAGAAAAUGUCGGUGAUCUUCCGCCGCGAAGACGACGCCCAGGACUUUAUCUUCACGAAAGGUGCCGUGGAGCGCGUGCUCGAUGCCUGCUCGUCCAUCGCCUGGAAAGCUGACUCCGCCCCGGUGCCCUUGUCCCAGGACAUGCGUGACACCAUCCUGCAGAACAUGGAGGCUCUGGCGCGCGAAGGACUGCGCGUGCUCGCCCUCGCCAGCCGGACCACCUCUGCAUUUACCGACAUCCCGUCCCGGGACUCCAUCGAACAGGACCUCACCUUCGCGGGGCUGAUCGGUCUCUACGACCCACCUCGCCCAGAGACUGCAGGUGCUAUUGAAGAAUGCCAUCGCGCCGGGAUCUCAGUACACAUGGUGACUGGCGACCAUCCAGGAACGGCGCGCGCCAUCGCUGCUCAGGUGGGCAUCAUCCCGUCAAACAUGCAGCAUCUGGCCCGCGACGUGUCGGACAGUCUCGUAAUGACAGCCAGCCAAUUCGACGCAUUGACCGAGGCAGAAAUAGAUGCCCUUCCCACGCUCCCCGCAGUGAUUGCCCGCUGCGCCCCCCACACGAAGGUGCGAAUGAUCGAUGCGCUGCAUCGCCGUGGCCGCUAUGCCGCGAUGACAGGCGACGGAGUGAAUGACUCACCGUCGUUGAAGCGUGCGGACGUGGGCAUCGCGAUGGGACAAUCCGGCAGCGACGUGGCCAAGGAUGCAUCGGAGCUGGUCCUGACAGACGACAACUUUGCGAGUAUUAUCAACGGCAUCGAAGAGGGUCGACGCAUCUUUGACAAUAUCCAGAAGUUCGUGCUACAUCUGCUAGCCGAGAACGUUGGUCUGGCACUGACCCUGUUGAUUGGCCUGGUCUUCAAGGACGAGAACGGCCAGAGUGUGUUCCCUAUUGCGCCAGUGGAAAUACUCUGGAUUAUCAUGAUUACGUCCGGCCUGCCGGAUAUUGGGUUGGGUAUGGAGAAGGCCGCGAGUGAUGUGAUGGAUCGACCACCGCAGAAUAAAAACGGCAUCUUCACCCCCGAAAUUAUCAUCGACACACUAGUCUACGGCGUCUGGAUGGCCACCCUGAGUCUCAGCGCCUUCGCCCUCGUCCUCUUCGCCUGGGGCAAUGGCGACCUGGCCACAAACUGCAACAGCAGUUACUCCCACGAAUGUGAUACAGUGUUCCGAGCCCGCGCCACCACCUUUGUCUGCAUGACGUGGUUUGCGCUCCUACUGGCAUGGGAGAUGAUGCAUUUGAGACGGAGUUUGUUCAACAUGCAUGACCACGUCCCUUCCUCGGAUACUCCCACCGCAACAUCAACCAAGAAACUCAAAUAUAUGGGCUGGAUGACCGACAUUUACACCAACACCACCCUCUUCUGGGGCAUCGUGGUCGGAUUUCUCCUUACUUUCCCGGUGCUCUACAUCCCUGUGAUCAACGACGUCGUGUUCAAACACACGGGAAUCGGAUGGGAAUGGGGUGUGGUCUUUGUCGAGGCGGGGUUGUUUUUGGGUGGUGUGGAGGUAUGGAAGUUCUUCAAGAGAGUGUAUUUCCGACGUGUGGCACAGAAGCCGAGAAAUGCAAGAGAUGGCAAUGGCGAGGAGGAGAAGGAGAAAGGGGGCUUUAGUCGAUUCACGACGUUGAGUCGCGAGGAGGGGGUGUUGGUGGGGGUCAAGGGGAGGGAGAUGGUUUGA